AGCCCCGCCCCCGGCUCAGAGGCCCUCGCGCGGCCCGCGAGACUUGCCGGGUUGUGGUGGCGGGAUUCUGUGGCCCUGCGGGGACUUGGAAGUCGCCGGUUCGAGUCGUCGCGUCUCCGCGUCGGCCCUGCUGCUUGUCUUCGUCCCGAAGGAGCAGACGUUGCUGGGGGGUGCGGCGAAUCUGCCGCUGCGAAUCGGCGGGCGCAGCGGAGGCGGCGAGGCCUCGCGAGAGUCCGGGUGCGGGCGCGGCGGCCGAGCGGCGGGCCGAGCGACCGGAGCGGCGGGCCUGGCCCGCGGUGCCGCCGACAUGACGGGCCGUGUGUGCCGCGGCUGCGGCGGCACGGACAUUGAGCUGGACGCGGCGCGCGGCGAUGCCGUGUGCACCGGCUGCGGCUCUGUGCUCGAGGACAACAUCAUCGUCUCCGAGGUGCAGUUCGUGGAGAGUAGCGGCGGCGGCUCAUCGGCCGUGGGCCAGUUCGUGUCGCUGGACGGUGCCGGCAAAACCCCGUCCCUGGGCGCUGGCUUCCACGUGAGCCUGGGAAAGGAGUCGAGAGCACAGACCCUGCAGAACGGGCGGCGCCAGAUCCACCACCUGGGGAGCCAGCUGCAGCUGAACCAGCACUGCCUGGACACGGCCUUCAACUUCUUCAAGAUGGCCGUGAGCAAGCACCUGACGCGCGGCCGGAAGAUGGCGCACGUGAUCGCCGCCUGCCUCUACCUCGUGUGCCGCACGGAGGGCACCCCGCACAUGCUCCUCGACCUCAGCGACCUGCUCCAGGUGAACGUGUACGUGCUGGGCAAGACGUUCCUCCUGCUGGCGAGAGAGCUGUGCAUCAACGCGCCGGCGAUAGACCCGUGCCUGUAUCCCCGCUUCGCCCACCUGCUGGAGUUCGGCGAGAAGAACCACGAGGUGUCCAUGACGGCCCUGAGGCUGCUGCAGAGGAUGAAGAGGGACUGGAUGCACACGGGCCGGCGCCCCUCGGGCCUCUGCGGGGCAGCGCUUCUGGUGGCAGCCAGGAUGCACGACUUCCGGAGGACCAUCAAGGAGGUCAUCGGCGUGGUCAAGGUGUGCGAGUCCACGCUGCGCAAGAGGCUCACAGAAUUUGAAGACACGCCCACCAGCCAGCUGACCGUGGACGAGUUCAUGAAGAUCGACCUGGAGGAGGAGUGUGACCCCCCGUCGUACACGGCUGGCCAGCGCAAGCUGCGGAUGAAGCAGCUCGAGCAGGUGCUGUCGAAGAAGCUGGAGGAAGUCGAAGGGGAGAUAUCCAGCUACCAGGACGCGAUUGAGACCGAACUCGAGAACAGCCGGCCGAAGGCCAAGGGGGCCCUGGCCAGCCUGGCCAGGGACGGCUCCGCCGAGGAUGCCGCAGCCAGCCUGUUUGGCGAGGAGGACGCCGAGGACGAGGAGCUGGAGGCCGCCGCCAGCCACCUGAACAAGGACUUCUACCAGGAGCUGCUUGGCGGCGGCGCCGGGACCUCGGAGGCAGCAGGCAGCCCCAGCGGGAGCGGCAGGCCCCCCGCCCUGGAGUCCCUCCUGGGGCCCCUGCCCACGGCAGCCAGCCUGGGCAUCUCGGACUCCAUCCGAGAGUGCAUCUCGCAGAGCGGGGAGCCCAAGGACACGUCAGGGGACGGCGAGCUGGACCUCAGCGGCAUCGACGACCUGGAGAUCGACAGGUACAUCCUGGACGAGGCGGAGGCCCGCGUGAAGGCCGAGCUGUGGAUGCGGGAGAACGCCGAGUACCUGCGGGAACAGAGGGAGAAGGAAGCGCGGAUCGCCAAGGAGAAGGAGCUGGGCGUGUACAAGGAGCAGAAGCCCAAGAAGUCCUGCAAGCGCAGGGAGCCGAUCCAGGCCAGCACGGCGGGGGAGGCCAUCGAGAAGAUGCUGGAGCAGAAGAGGAUCUCCAGCAAGAUCAACUACAGCGUGCUCCGCGACCUGGACAGCAAGGGUGGGGGCGGCACGCAGAGGCCAGACGCACGGCCCGAGGCCAGGGCCGGCUCCCGGAAGCUGCCGCGGAGGAAGAAGCCGGCCAGCAGGAGUGGGGCCGACCCCGUGACCAGCGUGGGGAAAAGGUUGAGGCCUUUGGUGUCUGCACAGCCAGCUAAGAAGGCUGCCCUGGGAGAGGCCGUGCUCCCGAGCGCCCCCGCCCCCGGCGCCGAGCCCGGGCGGCCCUCGGCGGUGGUGGUGGAGAGCGGGCCUGUGUCGUACCACCCCGAGGAGGACGCCGAGGAGGAGGACCCCGACGAGGAGGACGGGGAGCCCUGCGUCAGCGCCCUGCAGAUGCUGGGCGGCAGCGAUUACGGCUGUGACGGUGACGAUGAUGACGGCUACUGAGGCGUGACCCCGCAGUGGGCAGUGUCCUGGUGGCAGACCCCGCUGGUGUCUGAGAGGCCGGGCCGGGCCUUGGGCCCCCAGGGGUGAGCGCGGAGACUCCUGUGACGAGAGGCGCUGCCAGCCUGCUCCGCAGCCUCCGCCUCGCGGCCUCGUGGGGGCACGGGGCACCGCGCUCUUCUGGACGGUGUGAGGCGCGUCUCUGUCCGGAACAGGGGACUGGACGGCUGCCUGCGUGUGACUGAUGAGACAUAGGUCUCGUGGCCCAAGGGCCCUCCACGGGCGUGACUGUGGGGUCUCCUGUAAAGAAACUGGAGCACAGAGAGGCCAGCUCCUGUCCGAGUGAGUGGGGCCUGGGGGGCCCCAGGACCCUGCUGUCUGCCCCUCGUGGGGCCGGGUGCCCUGCUCCUGCCACCCGCUGUCACGGAGAAGCACUGUGUCCACUCGUCCCUCUGCCGAUCGGGGCUGGUCCUGGACCCCCAGCUGCGGUGCUCAGCCAGACCCUGGCCCCUCCCACCACUUCUCUUCUGGGACCAGGCGGAGGGAGCUACAUGCCACCCAUGAGCCCAGAGGGCCUGAGCCAGGACUGCAGUGGCCGCCCUGGCUGUGCUGGCACCUGGCCCAGCACCCCAGAGGGGAGGCAGGCAGGGCUGUGAGCUGGGCCGUCCUGCUCCAGAGGGUUCCGGCUGCCCAGUGCCGCCCGGGGGGCCAGGUCUCUGCGUGGGGAGGCCCAGAGACCACUGCCCCAGGUCUUGGCUGGGUUGCUGCUGCUCUGGACAUGUCUCCGAGGGCCAGGCUUUGGCCCUCUCCUGCUGCGUCAGGAGAGGGUAGCUUCGGUGACAGGGCACCCACACUGCUUCGCAGGGCCUGCACCCGGUUCCCUGGGGUGGGCUGGGCCUCCUCCCAUAGGCGCGGAGUCUGAGGUCAAGACGUGGGGGCCAUGUGUCUGGGGCCGGCUGGCACCCUGGGCCACCUGGGAGGCGGAUGGGGGCUGGGUUCCGAGCACAGGAGGACGUCACUUGAGCAGAAACCCACUGAGGCUGUGCUCUGUGAUUCUGUGUGUGGCUUCGUGGCCUUCCCCAGAGGGACGCAGCCCCAGGGAGGCCGGAGGGGCAGAUGGGCCUGGAAGACCCCUUGUGGGAAGGGGGCUCUGGGGUGGGCAGCGUGGCUGGGCGUGUGUGGCUGAAGCAGGAGCCCAGCCCCGCGGAGGAGGGGCUGGUGGGGAAGAGCUGUGCCCCGAGAGGGGAGCGAGGAGCAUCCGGCACAGGGUCUGCGAGCAGCGGGGCCAGUGCCACGCGGACAUGCAGGCUGCCGCGGUGGGGGAGGCCAGUGGCCAGACGGCGCCAGUGGGCCGUGGACGGUUCCCGUGUGCAGGUCACCACUGCCCACCUGUUGGCCCGAGGGGACUCGUGUGCCUUCCUCCGUCCACGCAGGCAUCGCCCUCCCCAGCAGUCGCGUGUCUGGGCGCCCCGCAGCUGAGCCCCCCCGGCUGCUGACCCAGAAGGGGCCGGGGCUGACUCCUCGCUGGGGGGGCUGCGGCUGUCGCUGCAAGCCUCUCCUGCAGGGGCCGGCCCUGGGGCCUCCCUGUCUGUCCUGCGCUGAGCAGAGCCUCUCUGCUCGGAUGCCUCGGGUCGAGGGCGGCACAGGCGCUGGGGGACGUUCACAGGCUGCUCUCUGCUCAGCUGAGGCCAAAGGGGCCAGGGGGCUUGAGUGACAGCUCAAGGUCCCCCAGCUGGGCCCACACACCUGGCGGCCCCACAGCCGGUUCCGGAUGAGCCAGGCCGACAAGCACACCACAGAGACGACGGCCACCCCACACGGCCAGGAGCACCCAAGGGCCUCUGAUGGCAAAAGCCCACCGACACCUCGGAGCCCCGCCCGCCUGCCAUCACGGGUCCCGGGUCACACCACCCCUCCGCCCAGGCUUCCCAGGACCAGGCCGCCCCUCUGCCCCCUGUGCCCCCUGGAGACUGAGGCACUGGCACAGCAGCCUGCCCCUCCUCUAGGUGCCCCUCGGCCCUGACCCAGGGGCUGCUUUAUGGGGAGGGGCCUGGUUCAGGACAGGCUGCCUGAGGCCAGCAGGGGACCGGAGGGGGCGGCCAUUCUGUGUGCUGCUGCUGCACACGGGGCCCAGGGUCACAGUGGGACGAACCCAGGGACUCAGACUAUGGUUGUGGGCGGGCUACCCAGGGAUCCGCUCCUGAGGCUCCCCUGUGGCACCUGGACCCUGUCGCCUGCGUUGUGGGAGAGCUGGUGGACAGCUCUCGGCUGCCCCCUGGGGGCCGCCUCCGCCCAGGCUGGUCCUCACCAGUCUUCCUGUCCCCAGGCCCCAACUGGGGUGGGUCCCCUACCCCGAGAACACCCCAUUCUCUGAACAAUAAAAAGCACAAAC